CUCCAGAGUCGCUGUCAAAGCUCGCUCGCUGAUCAAUCUCGAUACCUGGAACGACAGGGUUGUACGGACGCAGAAACGUGCUAUAUCUAUUGCUUUUGCAAUAUCCCCAACCAACAGCUUUUAAUUGACCUUAAAUAUGUCUACCAUCGUCUACCGUCAAACAGAUCAGGUUAUAAUGCACGAUCAACACAGAAAAGGUUUGAGUCUAUAGCCAACGGGACACCCGAGGACUUGAUUGCAGUCACUCUAAGCCUGAGAGUUUGAGUCACCUCUGACCCCCUGCUGUGCCCUCUGGUUGCCUGGCAUUGCCUUUUCCAUCCACUUCCAGUGAAGUAAGACUUAGGCACUCCCAUUCCUGGUUCUUCUUCACUCGUGCCUUUUUACCGCUUUCCCAAGUAAUCUAUCUCUCCCAGACAAACGCCAUUCGGUAUUAGGCUUAAUUUCCAAAAAAUGAUUCCCAACGGAUAUUUGAUCUUUGAGGACGAAAGUUUCCUGGAUUCCACCGUGGCCAAGAUGAACGCCCUUAGAAAGAACGGACAGUUCUGUGAUGUGAGACUUCAGGUGUGCGGCCAUGAAUUGAUGGCUCACCGGGCAGUGCUGGCUUGUUGCAGUCCGUACCUGUUUGAGAUCUUUAACAGCGACCUGGAACCUCACGGAAUCUCCCAUGUGAAGUUUGAGGAUCUGGACCCUGAGGCUGUGGAGAUCCUUCUCAACUACGCUUACACUGCCCAGUUGAAGGCAGAUAAAGAGCUGGUUAAGGAGGUUUACUCUGCAGCCAAACGGCUCAAAAUGGACAGAGUGAAGCAGAUCUGUGGCGACUACCUUCUCUCCAAGAUGGAUUCCCAGAGUGCCAUCUCCUAUCGCAAUUUUGCCAGCUGUAUGGGAGACGGGCGUCUGCUGGGCAAGAUCGACAGCUAUAUCCAGGAGCACCUUCUAGACGUGUCUGAGCAAGAGGAUUUCCUCAAGCUUCCACGCCUUAAAUUGGAGGUGAUUCUGGAGGAUAACUUGACCUUGCCUAGUAACGGCAAGCUGUACUCCAAGGUCAUCGGCUGGGUGCAACGCAGCCUGUGGGAAAAUGGCGAACCCCUGGAGCGACUGAUGGAGGAGGUGCAAACGCUGUACUAUUCGGCCGAUCACAAGCUGCUCGAUGGGAGCCUGCUUGACGGGCAGGCUGAGGUGUUCGGCACUGAGGAUGACCACAUCCAGUUUGUGCAGAAGAAGCCCCUACGUGAGAAUGUACACCGACAGCUGAGCACCAGCUCCUCUGGCAGCCUCUCCCCCGGAUCUGCAAAACUUUCCUGCAAGCAAGAGUGGAAAUACAUAGCUUCUGAGAAGACCACCAACAAUACAUACCUGUGUCUGGCUGUGUUGAACGGCAUGCUGUGCGUGAUAUUUCUGCAUGGGCGCAGCAGUCCCCAGGCCUCGCCCUCGUCCACACCUUGCCUAACCAAGAGUCUGAGUUUCGAGGGCCAGCCACUGGAAGAGGAACCUGAAAAGCUGAUGGCACCCAUGCGAUAUGCUCGCUCUGGCCUGGGCAUCGCUGCUUUGAGCGACCAACUCAUCGCCGCAGGAGGCUACAAUCGGGAAGAGUGCUUGAGGACUGUGGAAUGUUACGACAUGAAGACUGACAGCUGGACUUUCAUUGCUCCAAUGAGGACUCCACGUGCUCGGUUUCAGAUGGCCGUGCUCAUGGGUCAGCUUUACGUGAUGGGUGGGUCCAACGGCCAUUCUGAUGAACUGAGUUGUGGGGAGACGUACAACCCCAGUGCUGAUGAGUGGACUCAAGUGCCAGAGCUCAGGACCAAUCGGUGCAAUGCAGGUGUCUGCUCUCUAAACAACAAGCUGUAUGUUGUUGGGGGAUCAGAUCCUUGCGGACAGAAAGGUCUGAAGAACUGUGAUGUUUUUGACCCUGUGAGCAAGGCCUGGACCAGCUGUGCCCCUUUAAACAUCAGGAGGCAUCAGGCUGCCGUGUGUGAGUUGGAUGGCUUCAUGUACGUGAUCGGAGGAGCUGAAUCAUGGAACUGUCUGAACAGUGUGGAACGCUACAACCCAGAAUAUAACACUUGGACCCUUAUUGCCCCAAUGAACAUAGCCCGCAGAGGAGCAGGAGUGGCUGUCUAUGAAGGUAAACUCUUCGUGGUGGGCGGCUUCGAUGGCUCUCACGCUCUGCGUUGUGUUGAAAUGUAUGACCCUUCCCGCAACGAAUGGAGGAUGCUGGGGAGCAUGAACUCGCCACGCAGCAAUGCUGGUGCUGCCGUGCUCAAUGAUGUCAUCUAUGCCGUUGGCGGCUUCGAUGGAAACGACUUCCUUAACUCAGUUGAGGCCUACAACCCUAAAACAGACGAGUGGAGCCCCUGUGCCGAUGCCUUCACCAAUUCCUAAGAGCCAGGGGCCGGGGAACCAAAUGGGGACGGGGGGUUAUCUCACUCAAACUAACAGGCUUAGUGAUGUAAUCGUGCUUUGUGAUGUCCUGUAUGUAUGCGGGAGGGUGGGCGGGUGGGUUUUUGAGGUGUGAGGGUGGUCUCGUUGGGUGCUUCACAGGAGCCACCCAUGAGGCGGAUUUUUCUUACAGUGUUUGGGUGGGGGAGGUCCGUUGGGGGUUGCUGAAAGCAACAUUAAGCCUUUGCAUAUUGCAUACUUUAUUUUUUGUUGUUGUAAAUAUUGUUGUUUCUUUUUUUCUUUUUUU